UUGAGAGCGUUUGGCUUCUUCUGCGGGCCCUAGAUCGGGUGAGGUCUGACUGGGCUUCGGGCUGGGGCAGGACUGCGGCCUAGAGGACUGGGGAGCAGCUGGUUCCUGUCGGGUGCAGGCUGGCUGUUCUUACCAUUCCACUACUGAAACUGCCUUCACAGAGGUCACCAAUGACAUCUGUACUUUUGAAUCAGGAGUAUCCCUGAGGAUACAGUCAAAAGAAAGUUUUCCAAAGCCAAGCAGUCUGAAGCUGGGGAUGGCGACUGCAUUGGUGAGUGCUCAUUCCCUGGCACCUCUGAAUCUGAAGAAAGAGGGGCUUCGGGUAGUGAGGGAGGAUCACAACUCUACUUGGGAACAGGGAUUCAAGCUGCAAGGAGACAGGAAAAGCCUUCGACAGGAGCCGUUGUGCAAACAAUUCAGGCAGUUGCGCUAUGAAGAGACUGCAGGACCUCGAGAAGCACUGAGCCAGCUCCGGGAGCUCUGCCGACAGUGGCUGCAGCCUGAGACCCAGACCAAGGAGCAGAUCCUGGAGCUGCUGGUGCUGGAGCAAUUCCUAUCCAUCCUGCCUGAGGUGCUCCAGGCUUGGGUGCGGGAGCAUCACCCAGAGAGCGGGGAGAACAUGGUGGUUGUACUGGAGGAUUUGCAGCUGGAGCUUGGAGAAACAGGACAACAGGUGGACCCAGGCCAGGCAAAGAAACAAAAACUGCUUGAGGAGGAGACAGCCCCUCUGAAAGUAGUGCAGGAGCAGCAGGCCCAGCCCGAGUAUGAAGUUCCAGAGCCUGAGAAAGAGAAGGAUGAGGAGACAAGGAUUGAGAAUGGGAAGCUUGUUGUAGUGACAGACUCUUGUGGAAGCAUGGAAUCAUCUGGUAAAAUGUCUGAACCCAAAGAGGCUCAUUAUGAGGACGCUACCUUGGAAAGGCAGCAGGCCAAGCCCAAGGAGAAGACUGGCUAUAAAUGCUCAGAAUGUGGGGAGGGAUUCAUCCAGCACUCAGACAUGAUUGAACAUGAGAGUGCACACACAGGAGCAAAGCGUCGUGAAUCUGAAGUGUGUCAGAGUUCUAGUCUUACUGGACAUCAGAAAAUCCUCUCUAGAGAGAAAGUUCAUCAGUGUCUUGAGUGUGGAAAAGCCUUUCAGAGAAGUUCACACCUUGUCAGACAUCAGAAAAUUCAUCUUGGCGAGAAGCCUUAUCAGUGCAAGGAGUGUGGAAAAGUCUUUAGCCAGAAUGCAGGUCUUUUGGAACAUCUCAGAAUCCAUACUGGAGAGAAACCUUAUCUGUGUAUCCAUUGUGGAAAGAACUUUAGGCGUAGCUCUCACCUUAAUCGACACCAGAGAAUUCACAGUCAGGAGGAGCCCUGUGAGUGCAAGGAGUGUGGCAAAACCUUUAGUCAGGCCCUAUUCCUCACCCAUCACCAGAGGAUCCACAGUCACUCAAAAAGCCAUCAAUGUAAUGAGUGUGGGAAAGCCUUCAGCUUGACCUCAGACCUUAUUCGACACCACAGGAUUCACACAGGAGAAAAACCUUUCAAGUGUAACAUAUGCCAGAAAGCUUUCCGACUUAACUCACACCUCGCUCAGCAUGUAAGAAUCCACAAUGAAGAAAAGCCCUAUGAGUGUAAUGAAUGUGGAGAAGCUUUCAGGCAGAGGUCAGGUCUUUUUCAGCAUCAGAGAUAUCACCACAAAGACAAACUGGCUUGAUGAGGUAUUCUCUCUCUUUAGAAAGUCAGAGAUGAUACUCUGACAAGCAAAUAGCACUUUAGGAUAAGUCACUCUAAACAACUGUGGCAUCAGAGAAUUGUUGGGGGCCAGGUUGGAGGCUGUCUGCCUCCAUUCCCUCUCUUUUGUUUCCCUUGAAGUCAGCUUUGGACCACAGUAAUUUCACCCUAUAUGGUACUAUGGGAUCAAAGUUAAACAGCAUUCUCCACUGCAGGACUUCUCAGAGCCUUUAACAUGACAAAUAUAUGAUAAUGUAUCUCCAAGUAGUAGAGAGCCUCAUGACUAAGUGAGGGCUUUGAAGUCAGCAGCGCAUCAAGUGUCCACAGAUUUAUAAACUGAAGCAGAACAAGGGCAGAUUGAUAUUUUUGCAUAGGCUAUAGCAACAGACUCUUAGAAAAUAAAACUAAUGAUUUUUGAAAAUAUACCACUCUCAAAGGUGUCCUGAAGCCCAUCCUAGUAGUGAUUAUUUUUCCCACUGGCUCACCCCCUCCUUCCUACCCGCCUUAUCCCCACCGUCCCCUGCCUGCAAUUAGUGGAAGCAUUUUGGAAAGCAAAGAUAAUCUUUUGCUGGUUAACUAUAGACUUGCCUACAGGGUUAGUUUUAUGUAAUUUUAUCAUUUUCCAUCCCCAUCCCACCACAUUGUCUCAUUGAUUCAAGUUAUAAAUAAAAAUUUUACCUAGACUAUGGAAGAGA